CGGGUCUCCUGAAUUGUAGGCAGAUUCUUUACCAACUGAGGUACAAGGGAAGCUCAAAUUAAUCAUAACACUCAGAAUAUUAAUCUUAGUCAAGACAUAUUAAAGGUGUACGAGUAUGCUACCAAGGCUUUCAAACAGCUGUAAUAUACUAAAAACUUAGCAAGUACAAAACAACUAUGUAAAAAGUACUGUACAUGAGUGCUAGAUGUUUUUAGGUUUUCUGCAAGGUAUUUUUAGUAAUACAUUUGACUGUGACAACAGACUGGUCAUUUAGUUUUAAAAUCAGGCGCCCAAAUGUGACUUUUUUGCUGUGAUUUUUCUGGAGACUUUAAGUCUUAAGUCUGCUUUUGUGAUUUCCUUAAAUCCCUGGACUUGGUGAAAGACCCACUUGCUAGAUACAGGAGCAGUUUGGUUUUUUUUUUCCCCUAGUUUAUAAUAAAGGUCAUUUGCAUUUUAAAAACCAUGGCCUAUAUUCAUAUGUUCUAUUAGUUACGAAUGUAUUAUUUCUUUUUCAGAGUCAAAAUUCACAGUUCAUUUCUAUGAAUACUGAUCUGCUCAUUCUAAACUGGAUUACAUUUGUCAUAGAUUUAAGGGAUUAAAAAGUGAACUUGUGAGGGAGAUGGAUUUAUUUUUCAUAAACUUGAGCUAGGAUGUUUAGGAUCUUAAGGACCUGGGCAUUUCUUAAAAGUUCAAAGUAUUUUAGGAUAAAGAACAAGGUGAAGAUUUACAGCAUUCUUUCCUUUCACUUAAUGGUUGUUAGCGAAAAUGAUGAUACAGGCUUGCUUUCUUGUUCAGUGACCUUUAUUAUAGAAUUUGGUACUGCCAGAAAUUUCUCCCCGAUUUGGUAUAGUUCUGUAUAGGUGCUGGGUAGGUGAAUUUGAAUGCUACCUUAUCCAUGAGGGCUUUAUACUGAUCCACUUUUAUAGUAUUGAAAAUCCCUAAGCAUCCUUCCCACCCUUAUAUUUUACCCAACACUUACUGUGUUCUGAUUUGUUACACGUUUUACUUGUUACACUUUCUCUCUUCUAUUUCCACACACUAGAAUAUAAAUUCCACAAAGUUUUAAAAAAAUUUAUUCCUUCAUCUCCAGUAACUUGAACAGUGCCCAACAUGUAAGUACUCAGAUACAAUACAAGUAUACUGUAUGUAAUGUAAGUUAUUAAAAUUGAAGAUCCUGUUGGUUUAAGAACAGUGAAUUAUUCACUUCUGGUGAGUUACCUCAGGAUAUAUUGCUUUACAGAGUAAAAUACAUUGCAACAUAAAAAUUCUAAACCCAUUAACUUAACUUUGAGACAUCAUUCUAAUAUUCUCAUUUUGCCCUAGUAGCUGCAGAUUGAUUAGGAAUGACCAUGCUUUAUCUUUCAUCCUUUAUACAAAAUCAGACACCAACCACUGACUCACUCAUUUCUCUAAAGGCCUACUGUAAUUAAAGUCUUUGCUUAUACCAUUUUUCUUGUCAGAAAAUAAAUGCCCAAAUUUAUUAAUACUGUAUUUAUCCUCAGUGUUUGGCAUUCCACCACUCUUGACUGUUGCACCAUACUCUUCUUAAAUAUCAUGGAAGCAGUCAUUUGACACUUGACUGGAAUGUUUAUCCUAACUGUAUUGAAAUUUUUGAAUAUCCAUUGUCUUGACUGUAUAAAGGUACAAAAGUGAUACAAUCCUAGUCAGAUAAAUUUCUCGAAACUUUCUGAGAUGGAAAGAAAAAAGCUGCUUUAUCCUCUUUGAAAAUUAAGAAAAGGACUGUUAAACUGAUAAAUUUUACAUAUCAUAAUGUAUCUGAAUGGUAAUAUUUUUAUAUUUGCCCAAGAUUAAGAGGCUAGGUGACAUAUUUUUAGUCCAUCAUCAUUACUAUGAACCAUAUAGAAAAAGGAGGUAAUAAAUAUUGUGGCCUGUGUAAUUAUGUGUGUGUGCAUGCAUCUUGUGUUGUCACUUCCUAAAAUCAAAGCAUUUAAAAUUGAGAGAGAGCUUUUUAUCCAUCUCUUAUUUUCAGGUGAGGAAACUAGAACACAAAAAACCUAAUUUGUCCUGUGACCACUUGAUGACAGCUCCAGCUUUCUAUCAAAUGUUAGGCUAUUUCCCAACUGUUCAGAACAGCAUUCUUUGUUUCGCUCAAGGUAACUAAAUGACCAUGGAAUCUGGAGCAGAGAACCAGCAGAGUGGAGAUGCAGCUGUAACAGAAGCUGAAAGCCAGCAAAUGACAGUUCAAGCCCAGCCACAGAUUGCCACAUUAGCCCAGGUAUCUAUGCCAGCAGCUCACGCAACAUCAUCUGCUCCCACCGUAACUUUAGUACAGCUGCCCAAUGGGCAGACAGUUCAAGUCCAUGGAGUUAUUCAGGCGGCCCAGCCAUCAGUUAUUCAGUCUCCACAAGUCCAGACAGUUCAGUCUUCCUGUAAGGACUUAAAAAGACUUUUCUCCGGAACUCAGAUUUCAACUAUUGCAGAAAGUGAAGAUUCACAGGAGUCAGUGGAUAGUGUAACCGAUUCCCAAAAACGAAGAGAAAUUCUUUCAAGGAGGCCUUCCUACAGGAAAAUUUUGAAUGACUUAUCUUCUGAUGCACCAGGAGUGCCAAGGAUUGAAGAAGAGAAAUCUGAAGAGGAGACUUCAGCACCUGCCAUCACCACUGUCACGGUGCCAACUCCGAUUUACCAAACUAGCAGUGGACAGUAUAUUGCCAUUACCCAGGGAGGAGCAAUACAGCUGGCUAACAAUGGUACUGAUGGGGUACAGGGCCUGCAGACAUUAACCAUGACCAAUGCAGCUGCCACUCAGCCAGGCACUACCAUCCUGCAGUAUGCACAGACCACUGAUGGACAGCAAAUCCUAGUGCCCAGCAACCAAGUUGUUGUUCAAGCUGCCUCUGGAGAUGUACAGACAUACCAGAUUCGCACAGCACCCACUAGCACCAUUGCCCCUGGAGUUGUCAUGGCGUCUUCCCCAGCACUUCCUACACAGCCUGCUGAAGAAGCGGCACGGAAGAGAGAGGUUCGCCUCAUGAAGAACAGGGAAGCAGCACGAGAGUGUCGUAGAAAGAAGAAAGAAUAUGUGAAAUGUCUAGAAAACAGAGUGGCAGUGCUUGAAAAUCAAAACAAGACACUGAUUGAGGAGCUAAAAGCACUUAAGGACCUUUACUGCCACAAAUCAGAUUAAUUUGGAAUUUAAAUUUUCACCUAUUACGGUGGGAAAAGGACUGGCUUGGCCACAACCAGAAAGACAAACAUUUUAUUUUCUAAACAUUUCUUUUUUUCUAUGCGCAAAACUGCCUGAAAGCAACUACAGAAUUUCAUUCAUUUGUGCUUUUGCAUUAAACUGUGAAUGCUCCAACACCUGCCUCCACUUCUCCCCUCAAGAAAUUUUCAGCACCAGGAAUCAUGAAGAGACUUCUGCUUUUUAUCCCCUGCCCUCUUCAAGAAGUAAUAAUUUGUUUACUUGUAAAUUGAUGGGGGAAAUGAGGAAAAGAAAAUCUUUUUUUAAAUGAUUUCAAGGUUUGUGCUGAGCUCCUUGAUUGCCUUAGGGACAGAACUACCCCAGCUUCUUGAGUUGACGUAAUGUUUGGGCCGCAUGCUUAAAGUAAGUAAGGUGCAAUGAAGAAGUGUUGAUUGCCAAACUGACAUGUUUUCCCAUUUCCAUUGUGAAUUAUGUAAAAUCAUGAAAGAGACAUACCCGCUGAGAAAAAAAUUUAACGAUGGUGUUGAAGAAAUUAAGAAUGAAUUCAGAGUGCUUUCUAUGUACAUUCUCUUCAAUACUGAAUAUUUGUCCUUGGUUCUUAAAAAUACUCUGUAUUAACCAUAGCUCUUCGAUAGGGCAGUUGUUGCUUCUUAAUUCAGUUCUGUGUGUGUUCAGCAUUUAUGAAUACAUUAAAAGAAGUAACCAACUGAAUGAAAAAGCAUGGUAUUUGAUUUUAAAUUAAAUCAAAGUAAGUAAAAUUACAAAGCUUCAGUGUAGUACUAAAUUUUUAGUACAAAGAUGCUCAUUAGUAAACCAGUUCCUUGAGUUAUAUAACAAGGUUUUUAAAUAGAUGUUUUUGUCAUCACCUUCAAACCUAUUUAUAUUGUCACACAUUUACUUAAAAGGGUUUUUCUAAUUAAACUGCUCCCCUUUGCACUUAUACCACCAACAGGAAAGCCUUCAAGAUGUUGAAGUAAAGUGAUAUAUUUGUUUAUAAAAUGUUACACGUUGUAGAAAAAUACUGAUUUUAAAUUGUUUCCAUAUUAACAUACUUUAACAGUUUAGUGAAUUUUUUAAUGAAAGAAGUUACAAGGAUAUAGUUUAAAAGUACAAUAUUAGAUAUACACAAGGAAAAUAAUUUUUUUCAGACUUAUUUGAAUGACUGCUGUACUACAAUAUUUGAAUUGUCAUUCUUGCAAGACCUUUUUUGUUGUUUUCUUCCAAAAGGGAUAGGGAUGCUUAGCUUUCCAAUAUGUUGUAUAUCCUUUGUUAUUCUGUAAAGGAGCUACCUGGUUUAACUCCUGACUAGAACCAUCUGUAUUUGUAUGUAUCACACAUUGUUUCCAAUAUGACUUAAUUUUAAUACUCAUUUUAUUCACUAAGUCGAUAAAUUUAAAAGCUACCCUUUAAAAAAAAAUAAGACUGAAAUAGAUUUGAAAAAUUUGAAAUUGACAUGUUAGAUUAUAAUUUCUCAUUUGAGAAGGUUUUUUUUUUAAGAGAGUCUAGGAUUUAAUGUUUUAUAUUUAGUUAUGGGUUUUUAAAAGUUUGUUAAUGUGUUAACAAAAUAUGCAGAUGUGGAUAUUAAUUACUGAGUCCAUUUUGAAAAGUAAGACUUUUAAUUAAUAUUUGUAAAUGGUAUUUUUUGUUUGUAACAAAGCAUUGUCUUUUUUUAAGGAUGCACAGAGUUUAUGAAGCAGCAUCAUUCUAAGAAUUGAGUGAUGUAGUCUUAUCUUUGGACAGUUCACCAGAUUCUCAAGAAGGCUUUCAAACGACUGUAAAUUUUGUUGUUUAUCCUGCUGAGCUAACGGUGAAAGUUAUAGCAUCAAAAUUAUUUGUAUACCAACUUAGAUAUACCUUUUUCUAAAACUGGUUUGAUAGAAACCAAGCAAAAUCAAAAAUCUGUUCAUAAACCAGAAUUCUUAAAUGAGUCAGAAUGUCAAAACUGAACAUUUUAAGUCAUAAGCUUUAGAAAUGAAAAUUGCUUAAUAUUUAGCAAAUUAAAUGUUUUCAGAAAUAAGGCUUUCUGUUUAAUUAGAAAGUUGGUGGUCUCUUAGUCCCUGAUAAAUCAAGGCAAUCACAUCCAUAUUAGCUGGUUGGAUUUAUAAAUUACUUUGAGGAUGACUGCUCUGGUUUGAAGUCAGUUAAUGAUGAGGUAAGAAGUAUAUAUUCUGUUGCUAAAUCUGUUUAGACCUUGGAGAGACUUGAAGAUUUUCGUUUAUACAGGUAGAAAUUAAGCAUCUUUUGUGAAGACUUUUUUUUUUAAGAGAAUUGGGAAAAUGUGUUUGUUUUUAAGCAUGCAACUUUGAGAAUCUUUGUUAACAACCUAAUUUUUAAAAAUCUUACAGCCAAGAAUAUAUGUGGCCACAUUAUAAAUGUUUUUUCUCUUCAUAUUGGCCAAAAGGGAAUAAAAAUGUCAUCAUAGGAAUCUGUACAUAUGCUACUGAUUUGCCUAGAAAAUAGCAAGUUUGGUAUUGCUCACUUUGCAAAUAUAGGGCCAUGUGGCACUUUUAUCUAUAGGACAGAUUAACUCUAAUAAAAAUGAAGUGGGAGGGGUUUAUUUUUGAUAUAUUGCUCUUAUGAGUUUUUAGGCUUUGAUAGUGUUUAACGGAAAAGUGGUUUAGAAAGGGCUAGAUCCAAUGUGUUCACAUUAUUAAAAAGAAUUGACACCAGGUGUAAUUUUUAAGUUCAUUCUUUUUCAAAUUCAAGUACCAUAUUGGCAACCAUAAUAUUGUCAUAGGUGCUCUAUUCAUUUAGAUAUUCUUGGGGGGAUGGCAUUUGUAUAAUACAUGUGUACAUAUAUAUAUACAUACAGUAUAUAUCUGAGGCUCUGAGAGCUCUUAAGUCAGGAAUGCUGAGUAUUAUAGUAUAUUGAGGUCAGAUGAAAUUUUACAUUUUUGCGUGAUCUGUUGCAUCCCUUUUGGUAAUUUCUUGGACUGCAUUACUCCAGCACUCAUGAUUGAUUUUUUUAUCUGCUGAUUUUCUUUUUUUAAUUGUUAAUUUUCUUUGACUUGAUACUUUUAAACAUGUUACUAGUCACUUGAACCACCACCACAACCACCACCACCCCCAAAAGUGUUUGGUUUUUAUGCUUUGUCUCCGGCAGCUAUAACAGUGGUAAGAAAAUUUUGAAGAUAGCUUCUAAAAGGUACCACUGAUUUUUUUCAGAAAUGAUCCUGGGGGAAAAUUUUUGGUGUUUUCAUUUGAGCAGGGAUUUUUGUCAGAAAAUAUACUUAGAUGGUAAGUCAGCAGCAGUGCUAGUAUCCGAAAGCACAAUACCAGUCAGGCAGGCUGUCCGAUCAGAAGUCAUCUGGCUGAGGUUUAUCUCUGUCUCUCAGGCCUAAUCCCUGAUCCUUUUGACCAUUUAGGGUGACAUGUGGAAUCAUACAAAGGCUUAGGAAGAUACAAGUUUGUUUAAACCAGGAUGCUUUUACUUACUUUAAGUGACUUCAAUCUAGAUUUCUCAUUUUCAUUUCUAAUAUUUUUAAUUCUGUGAUCAGCUAUAGUCAGCUGUCAGCAUAAAUUGGUCUCUUUAUUUUGAAGAUCAGAAGGUUGGCUGCUUCAUUUUUCAGGAUUAAAUAAGGCUGACAUCUUGAAGUUAAAAUUUUGAAUUAAAGUAGGUUCCAAAGACACUUGUUACACACCAUUUCAUUUUUUUUCAAGAGGCUUUGUUGCCUUUGUAACCCUGAAAACUGUUGGUAUAUUGUUUCCCAUUGACUUAAGACAAAAGUUGUAUAUUUAUUUGGAUUAUAUUUACAUUAUAUUCUUUGUAAAUGUUUGGUGUAACUUGCACUUUUAAAAUGACCCUGUUUGGGGUAUUAGCAAACUUGAGAAAUUCCCUCAUCAAUUAAUUGUCAUCUGACUUUUAUGUCUUUCUCCUCUCUUCAAAUCAUGUGUCUUUUUUAUGGAAGCUUUUCAUUGAUUAAAAUAUUUUAUUUAACACCUAAAGGCUAGCCUUAUAAAUAGCUGUAAAAAGAGAAACAUAAGGAAAUUAGACUAGUUCAAUUAAUUUAAAAAUGGGUUCAAACCCUGUCUAAUUCUCUUUCAUCAUGAAUAAAGAUAGAAGGAAAUACAACUCAAGUGAGUAAAUAUUUCCAAUUUUAAAUGAGAUUCUGUCCUCACCCCAACAUUAAUACUAUGUAUAGGAUCCUAAGAUAUCCUUGAAUUUGUGCAGAACAGUGAAAGACUUCAAGGUAAUGUUGUCAUGGAGAACACAUGUAAUAAUUUGAUUAAUUUUUUCACUUCAAAUUGUUUUCGUUAACAUAAAAAAUAACUGUCUAAAUUUGACUGGUUUCAGAUGAGAGGAAAAGUGAUGUGUGCUUAUAGUAAGCCUAUAGGUGAAGAAUUGUGGGAUAAAUUUGUUCACUCAGUUGUACAAAGCACAACUAGGACUUUUUGUUGGAUGGCUUACAUACAUCUUGAAUACUUCUAAUGUUGAUGUGUUGACUUUUUUUAAGUUGACUGCACAGUCACUGUAUGUACUAGGAACUGGUUUCCUUGACUGUCUAGAAUCAGCGGCUGAGAGAGGCGCUAAUCCCUGAGGGGUCGAACAUAUCAUGGAGCUGAGUCAGUAUGGAAGAAUUUCAAAUCAAUCAAACAGGGUGCUGCAGUUCCAUCUGUCUCAUCUGCUGAUGAUAAGUUCUUAUUGAUGAGUGAAUGUAGCUUAAGCCUUUGUAUGUGUCCUCAGGGGGCAGACAAACUUUAAGAGGGACCAGAUAACGUUUGAAUGGAGGGAUUAUAUUUCAGGUGUUUUAGCUUGAAAUUUAUUUUUUAAAAAAAUAAAAAUAGAAAAAAAAAAAAGAACAAAGCCUGUGAAGCAAUUUGAUACUAUAAACAGGUUGAGUUGUUUAGCACAGAGAGAAAAUAUUGACCUGUCUGCAUUCUGGUACUGUGCAUACAGGUCCUAGUUGGGUAAAACACGACACAUUUUGAGUUAUUCUCACCAGCAAGUAAAGGAAAAUGAAUAUUCUUCAGUAAAUGUCUUUUGAAAGUGUCAAACCAUAGGAAAUGCAAAUUUUACCUGCUUUAUACAGGCAUUAUUUAAUACUUGCCUAUAGAAGUAUGGCAUUUCUAAGCUGGUGUCUGAGGAGCAUCUCAGAUAUGAGAGUAAAUCUAACAUAGUUCAAAAAUUGGUAGGGAAGGAAGAAAAUCCCUGCAGACGAUGAUCUUAGUCAGCUGGCCAAGUGAAACGAUCUGUCAUUGUGUUUGGGAGGUUUUAUUUUCUUAGGUUUUUAAAAUUGAAUUGGUAUAUGCUUUAUAGACAUUGUAUUUUUAUCCAGGUGCCACUCCAAUUUGUGUAUGUAAUAAAAUUAUUUAUAUUAAAAUUGGGGAAUAAUUCGUUGAGUAUAGAUUAGGAUGGCAGAGAAGAGUGCUAGUUCGCAGUUUUCCAUGUAAAGUCCCCAAAUGGUUUGUCAUGUCAGUUGUCAUCCCCACCCAAAGAAGGAAUUAUUUCUAACCUAGCUGUAUCACUUGAAACUUCAGAAAUAAAAUAAUCAGGGAAGUUUCUAGAGAGAAAAGUGUUGGGUUUUCGGUUUUGUUGUUUUGUCUUUCCUUGAGGAUUGGGGUCAAGAAUACCUCCCCCCAAAACUGUCAGCACAAAACAGGGUAUUGACUUUUAACUCUGAUGUUCCUAUUGGAGUUGAAUACUAAAUAAGUAAAUAUAGUGAGGAAAAUGCAUUUCUAAUAAAAUUCCCUACAUUCUAGAAGCAUCCCUGUUUUAAUUUUUUUUUUUUUUUACCUAAAUCUUUUUGUGCUUUGUGUAAAGAGAAAAAAAUGUACUGAGUUAUAAUGCAUUUUAUUAACACUAUGUACAUAUUAGCCGCUUUGUGUUCAGAAUGGUAGCAAUUGCUUUGUAUAUUAAAGUAAUCCUUGUGAAUUUGUGAAAUAUUGUCAUAAAGUGCUUUUUCUUACUGUAAUCUUUGUGGUAUCAACUGUCAUAAUGCCCUUUUUACACAAACAUUUAUGUGCUGUCACAUAAACAUGCUUUUAAAAACUCCUUAAGUCUCUUUUUUGGGAUGGGAUCAUCUACAUUGUGGUUUUUCCUAGGUGUGUGAAGGAAUAUUUUGUGGACUUGGUUUAUUUUGUUAAAUGGCAAAAGUUAAUGCUAGAAUAUAUCACAAGCCUAUGUUGCACAGCAGCAGAAAACUAACUCAAACUUAACAUAUCUUUACUUAAUUUUACUGUAUUCCUGGUUUUUAGCACAAGAUUUCUUUUUUUCAGUAAGAUUAAUCAACAGCGCCUUUUUGAGGGUUUAGAGAUGUUACUGCCCUGUUGAGACAACUGAUGGGAGACACGUGGCCAGCUGUGUUUAUUGUCACAAAAUGCAUGUUUGCAUUGGAAGGAUAAGAAUAGAUGACUUCUUGGGUCUCGUAAUUCUAAAGUUCUGUGAUCAUGUAAAAUGGAAGGAAAGGGGAGGAGAUGUGGUUAAUCUACUCUUUGCUUUAAGCACAAGAAUAAAAGAUUCUCUCCUGUA